GUUCCUGUUCAAGUCUUUUCUUCUUUUUAAGAAAAUGGCUGAUUUUACGGACGACACCGGAGCCCGGGCUUUGCUAGCCCUAAAGUCGGCACCGUGUAGUCCGGUGAGAGGAACGAUUUCCCCGAUGCAGCCGCUGUCUCCCCUCGCACCGGCCCUGGCUCGCUUGCAUGCCCGCGACUUCGAGUUCAUCAUGCGCCAGCGCACUGUCACCGUGGGACGCAACUCCUCUCAUGGAUCAGUGGAUGUUAACAUGGGCCAUUCGAGCUUCAUAUCCCGGAGACAUCUGCAGAUCACCUUCGAGGAACCGGAUUUUUACUUGCGCUGCCUCGGUAAGAACGGAGUGUUUGUGGACGGCGUGUUUCAGAGGAGAGGAGCGCCGUCGAUUCAGCUGCCCAGAGAGUGCACAUUUCGUUUUCCCAGUACGGUGAUAAAGAUUCAGUUUACUUCAUUGUACCACAAGGAGGCACUAAAGGAGGAGUCCCCUGUGUCCCCAGUACGACCCCUGUACCCGCAGAUCUUGCCCUUAAAAAUUAACAUUCCUGACAAUGACUUCAGAAACAUGAUGAGUCCCCUGCCUUCACCAACAGGAACCAUCAGUGUGCCUAAUUCCUGUCCAGCAAGUCCUCGGGGUGCUGGAUCCUCAGGCUACCGAUAUGGACACAACAUCACCUCAGACCUGCAGCUUGCCGCAGAGUAUGCAGCCAGGGCUGUAUCAGAGCAGCACAAGGAGGCUUUAGACAGAGACAGUCCAAGGGAUGAGUCCAAGCCCCCAUACUCAUAUGCACAGCUGAUUGUGCAGGCUAUUUCAUCAGCUUCAGACCGACAACUGACACUAAGUGGAAUCUACUCUCACAUCACCAAGCAUUACCCCUACUACAGGACUGCCGAUAAGGGCUGGCAGAACUCAAUCAGACACAACCUGUCGCUGAACCGUUACUUUAUCAAAGUGCCACGCUCACAGGAAGAGCCAGGGAAGGGCUCGUUCUGGCGCGUGGACCCCUCGUCCGAGGCCAAACUGGUGGAGCAGGCCUUCCGCAAACGUCGUCAGAGAGGAGUUUCCUGCUUCCGCACGCCGUUUGGACCACUGUCCUCCAGGAGUGCUCCAGCCUCACCCACCCACUCAGGCCUACUCUCACCUCACUCGAGUGGCCUACAGACCCCUGAGUGCCUGUCUCGAGAGGGCUCACCCAUUUCCCAUGAGCAUGAGUUUAGCUCCAACCUGGCAUCUGUUCCUGAGUUCAGAUACACUCAGAGUGCCCCAGGUUCUCCAGUAAGUGCGCAGCCUGUGAUCGUGGCACUGCCCUCUCAUUCUUCGGCAGGAGUGGCUAAGCCCAUGGCUUACAUGCCCACCUCCAUCCUUACCUCCCAGCAGGCCUCAGGUCAGGCUGUUCACGUGCUGCAGCAAGCACCGGCUGUGACCAUGGUGCGCAUGCUUACCACCGCCUCCAGCAACGGCUACGUUUUAGCCAACACUGGUUUAGCAACAGUUGGAGAAAAUUCUGAAGAACACAGAGGUGCUGUGGAGAUGGCAGCCCCAUCUUCCAUCCCUGUAGGUAGCAGAGUGAUCCAGGCUGUAGGAAGCCAUAUGAGCUUGGCCAACAGAGGGCAGCAGUAUCACAGCACUCUGCAGCAGGGCUCUGUGCCUUUGGGUCAACACCAGCUCCCGGUCCAGCCCAUCACCCAGAAUGGCAAACAUGCUCUGCUCACCGCCAGCAUCUCACCCAACACUUAUGCUCUCACCAACCCUUUACAGAUUCUGGCAGCGCAGGCCUCCACUUCACCUCCAGUCCUGGUUAACAGACACUCUAGCAUGGAGAUGGAGCAAGAUGGCCCUCAAGAACCUGAGGCUAAACGGCCUAAGAUGGAAGAUGAAUGCGUGGCAUCAGUGCCCCAGCCUGUUAUUGUUGCUAUGUCUCAGGAGGCCAACAACUGAGUAAAUGAGUGAGCGGUGGAGAUCCUCAAGGCAAGCCCCCAAUAAUAGUGUUAGCCAUGGUGCCAUUGUUAUUAAGGGCAAAAGGUUUUUGUUUGUUUGUUUUGUUUUGUUUUUUACAUUUUCUUUUAUUAGUUAGUACUUAUUUGUUUUUGAGAGAACAAGUUAAUCACAGGUAACAGGUCGUAUGGCUUUCAUGGCAAAAGAAAGAUUAGCAGUGUGCAUUUUAAGGGAAGAUAUAAGCUUCGUUGCAUUAUGGUUUAAGCCUUAAAAAGCAAACGCUGAUGUGAUUUUCAUUUUGUGUUGUUCUUUCUAAAGGAUGGGAUCGGUCCCUUAAGGAUAUAAAAGGUAUUAACAUGGGCAGACUUGUGCUGCCAUUUAUUUCCUCACAAGGUACAAUUGUAACAGUACUUACUCUGGAAUAGGGUGGGACCAAUCACUGAGCAGCUAUUUUUGUGGGGGAGCGCAGCUUCUCGAUGUUAAAAACAAACAAACAAAAAAAAAGAUUAUGUAUUAAGCUUAUUGAAGGCGGGGUUCCCUCAGGUCAUUGCUGGGGGGAACCAUGGAUUUAUUUAUUCUGCACACAAGCAGAUCAUGAUCUUUAUAUAAAUAAGAUUGAAUUAACUCAGACCUCGUAAGGAUUUCAAAAAAUUGUCACACAUGAAUGGGGCAGCCUGUUUUCCUGGCCUUGCGUUUGAACAUGCUAUAUUUAAAUAGCAUUUCUGUAUAAUGAACUAGUACAUGCUGUAAAGUGUGAGCUUCUUAAUUAGGCUGAAGAAUGAAAACGAAUGAAUGUAUUUAACUUUUGUCAUGGUUCACAGCUCUCUUUUACCCCCAAAAUAUAAUACAUGAGAAAUACAAUGUCCUGAACUUUAUUUGCUCAAAGAUAUAUCUAAUUCACUCAUGCAUUUAAUGUACAGCAGACAUACGCCUCUGUGUUUGCUGUAUGCUACUUGGAUUUCAUGUAUGUUUAAGUUUUGGACUGAAUACAAAAGCAUUAUUUAAUCAUGAUUAAACCACACAUACAUUGUAAAUGCUUAAAUAUUUAACUAUUAUAAGGGUUACUAAAACCAGAUGUUUAUUUCUGUUUGUUAAAGACCCAGGAAUGUAACAGAUAAUAUAGAUUUACAAGAGGCUAGUUUUUCACUGUCAGCCUUCCCUUAAGCUUAUAAUAACGUCGGAAGGUUAAUGAAUGUUAAACACUUUUUUAAAACUUCUUCUUUUUUACAUUUUUCCUAAGUGUUAUUCAGUCGUUAUAUUUUUACUAAUAAAACAUAGUACAGCACAGUUUAUACAUUCUUGAAAUUUUCAAGACAAUCACUAGCCAGGUGGGACAGGUUACUACCACUUACAGUCACGAAGAAGCAUCACAACUUCUCACGCAAUACAAACACCUCUCAAGACCAAAUCUUCAGUAGUACCUCUGAUUAGCAGCUCUACUCUGUAGCGAACAUACUGCUUGGAAAAAUACAACGCUGAAGCGUUUCACUGUACAGGGCUGUAAUGAAUAAUACUGACUUUUCUGUCAGGUUCAUUUAAGUAUAGUUGUAUUUAAGUGCACUAUGGUUAAGAACUUUAACAUCAUAGUAUCUCAUAUCACUGUUUAAACAUGUCUGUCAUGAAUUUAAAGGAUUGAAUUUUACUGUUGGUAAAAUAUGUUUGCCUUCUUGAGGGCAUCUGUGCCUGCAACAAGGGGAAGGGGAAGGAAUUGGAGGAAAUUAGUAAGAAUUGAAGUUUCUUAUAUCAACGUUUUAGCUAAUAUAUUCUGUAAUAAUGCGUGAUAAGAAGGCAGUAACCCUUAUAGAAACUUUAAAUUUGGUUGAAAAAGCAUUAAUGGUUAUAUCUGAAUGUGGAACAGGAGGAACGGUCACACACAAGUAGUCUACCUUGACUAAACGUUAAUCUUAUUUAUUAAAUCAUUCAUUCAUCUUUAAAAACCGUUAUGCUAAUCAACACCUGAAACAGUGCCAGUCUGUCAACAAUUUAGAGCAGCCAGUCCAUCUAAUGUUUUGUUUGUCCCUAUGUGGGCAAAGAGAAAACGUGCCCAGACCGUGUGUAAUGCAGGGCCAGGUUUGAACCUUGAUGUUUUAAGGCACCCAAAUAACCUAGUGUGCCAUUGUGCUGGCCCUCACUAAACUAAUGUUUAGAAAUGUAUUCAUGAUCAGGAGCACAGUGGGUCUGGCUUCCCCAAUGCGCAAUGCAGUAACACUCCCUAAAUGCGAUCUAUCGCCGGGCCGUUGCCCACUUAUAAACCAUUAUGAUUAAUAGUUUUAACCAGUAGAAGAGUUUUUCCCCAGUCCAUAAAGACAGAAUUAUUUGAACUAUUUGUCUCAGCUUCUUUUUGUUAGUUGUAAGAGUAGAAAGCUUUUCUUUUUAUAUAUAUAUAAUUUUCCCCACUUUUUCCCCCCAAUUUUCUCCCCUAAUCUAGUCGUAUCCAAUUUACCCUGAAUGCGUCCUCUUUACUAAAUCGACCCUCCACCGCUGACUAAGGACGCCUCUCAACUGACAUAUGCCCCCUCCGGCACGUACAGUCAGUGCAGACUGCAUUUUUCACCUGCACGAGUCGAGUUCAUACACCGACGGGCACUGUGUACGGAGGGCCACACUCCCAUCAGCAUUAUUCCUCAGCCCUGUGCAGGCGCCAUCAGUCAGCCAGCAUUGGCCACAGUUGCACCAGUUAUGAGGACCUAUUUAUCUGACUUUUUACCCCUAUGAACAACAGCCAAUCGUUGUUCAUGCAGCCACCCAACCUAGUCGGAAGGCAGAGCUGAGAUUCGAUACAAUGUAUUCGAAACCCCAACUCUGGUGCGCUAGCGUACUUCACCGCUGCGCCACCUGAGCGGCGAAAGCUUUCUUUAAUAAUAAUACAGCGCCAAGAUUCUGAACUCCUUAGUUCGUAACUCGGCAUUGUCGGCUGGGUGCCAUCUGGCGGGCAUAAUUGACCACCGUAUCUGCUAGGGCAAGACGACCGUACUAUGUGUGGGUAGGAUCUUUGUCCGCUGUGUAAGGACCCUGAUUGGCGGAAGAGAUGCCUGUGCAGAAUGCAGGGGCGAACAGAGGUGGGCUGUACACGUGUCGGAAGAGGCGUGGGCAGUGACAUGCUCUCCUCGGAUGCAAUCAGGUAUCCCUCAGCUGGGAGGAUUGGGAGGAAAAUGGGAAGAAAAUGCAUUAAAAAAAUUAUCUGCCUGUGUGACCGUUCUCUUAAUAGUGAUAAAAGUAAAUCAUUUAUUAAAUGAGCACUUGGUAAACCCACUUUAUAAACCCACUGAAUUGAACUUUUAUUGCCUGCUAUAUCUUGCAUAACUACAUGUGUCUUUAUGAGCAAUCUCUAAAGUGUUUUUGUCAGCUGAUCUGAUGUAUUGAUUUUUGUGCUUUUUCUUUUUUUUUGCAUAUUAGCUUAUGCAAGUGUUUAUACACUAAACAUAUAAUUUAAAAUCUAGUCUAAUAAUUUGAUGCACGUUUUUGUUGACUUGUAAGUUGCUAUGAUCUUUACUCUUUGUGUACAGAACCUGUUAGUCCUUGCUCAAAAGCAGUGCAUUCUCUUCAGAACCCUUUAUUAUGAAAAAUGUCUUGCAUUGAUCAACAUUUUUUCUGAUGUUUUAACACAGUUUAAUAAAAGAGCACAGAAAUUU